CCUCUAACCACAAAACUGAAACAAUUAGCGCCAAAAAAAACAGAAGGAAAAAUGUUUUCACUCUCACCCUCUCUUCCCUUCCACAACCGUCUGGUCUUCCGCCAUAGAAGCUUCACAGUCCGCUCUUCUUCUACCGUCCAAGAGGUCGAGAAAGCUCCGCAAGAUAGAGAAUUGAGCUCCGAGCUUUACUCUUCGGCGCCGUUUCCUUCGAUUAAAGCGGCUAAACGAGUAGUCUUGGUGCGCCAUGGGCAGAGCACGUGGAACGCUGAAGGAAGGAUCCAAGGAAGCUCUAACUUAUCGGUUUUGACUCAGAAAGGCGAGGCUCAGGCUGAGACCUCGCGUCAGAUGCUUAUUGAUGAUUCCUUCGAUGUCUGCUUCAGUAGCCCAUUGAUUCGAUCGAAACGAACAGCUGAAAUCAUUUGGGGAUCUCGCAAGGAGGAAAUCGUUACAGAUUCUGAUUUGAGAGAGAUCGACCUCUAUUCCUUUCAAGGCCUUCUAAAGCAUGAGGGGAAGGCGAAGUUUGGUGCAGCUUAUCGUCAAUGGCAGGUAGACGCUGCAAAUUUCAACAUUGAUGGACAUUACCCAGUGAGGGAAUUGUGGGCGAGAGCUAGAAACUGCUGGAAUCAAAUCCUAUCCCAUGAUAGCAGGUCUGUUCUUGUGGUUGCUCACAAUGCUGUUAAUCAGGCUUUGGUUGCAACAGCUAUUGGAUUGGGAACUAAGUAUUUCAGGAUUUUACUUCAGAGCAAUUGUGGUGUGAGUGUGCUGGAUUUCACCCCGCGAGCUGAGGGUGGGUCGCCCUAUAUAUGUCUUAAUCGUUUGAAUCAGACACCGAGUUCACCUGUUGCUGCUGGAAGUUCUGGGGGCAGAAAAACCAGUAGGCAGAUCAUACUUGUUUGUCAUGGAACCUUGCAGGGUGAUACAGAGGCUCGUUUUCCUAAUCAGUCAAUGAAUAUGCUAGGAAUUAUACAGUCCCAGAAAGCUGCAGAGCUUCUUCUUGAUCUUAAAGUAAACACUAUAGUCAGCAGCCCUAAGAAUGCUUGUUUUGAGACAGCCAUGGCCAUCUCCAGAGUGCAAGAAGCAGCAGAUUGUUUGGGUGCUGAUUGUGUGCCACGAUAUGUAGAAAUGAAAAAAAUGGAGGACCUUGAUGUCGGAGACAUCCUACAUCAAUCGAAUAAGGAUGCAAAUGAGGCGGUGGCAUAUCAGUCUGGUUUUUUGAAUAGAUUUGAGGAUGAGGCACUUUUAGCUCUCUGGGAUCGGUCUGGGAAAGCCUGGAAAUCUUUGUUGAAUGAGUUAUCUGAUGAAUCUGAGCCAGAAAAGAUUGUUGUCAUAGUUGGUCAUCCUGCAAUGCACAUAGCACUGGUGUCACACUGCCUGAAUCUGACCAAGGACUGGAUGGGAUCAUUUCAUCUCGACGCUGGGAGUAUUAGUGUCUUGGACUUCCCUGAUGGAGCCACUGGAAGAGGGGUCAUCCGGUGCAUAAAUUACACUGCUCACUUGGGAAGAUGGUCUAUACCCAUUACAAGAUCAACAGUAGAUGAUGAAGAAUUUUAAUGGUGAACAUCUAGUGUCAAUAUUAACUUGAAAUUGAUAAUUUAGCAUUAAAUUACAGGCAUCCUCAAACUGGCAGUGAUCAUAAUGUACAAUAUUUAAGUGCUCAAUGAUAUAUUAUAAUUUUAAAAAAGACUUAUUAUUUAGAAUUUAUUGUGAUUUUAAAUAAUAGGCUGAGAUGUAGGUAAGUAUAUGUCAAUUUUAUAAUUUUUUUUUAUUAAAAUUCAGAUAUUGUUACUGAUGGAUUAUAUUGACGGUGAAGUCUAAAUUCAGGCUUAAAUUAGAAAAGUUGUAAAACAAAAAAAAAUAAAAUAAAGCUGGUUGAUUGGGUUGGACUCAGAUAAUGGCUCCUAAGACGGGGAAUUGGAAAUGGGGUUUUAUAGAGGUUUUAGUUAACAUGGAUACAGAAAGAGCAAAAAAAAUGGCGGCUUGGGCAAUUGCAGGGAGAUACACCUCUAAAUUGAUGCGUGCAACAUGGAGAGCCACUAAUGCAAUGGAAUCAGCAACCACAAGAAUCCCUGUAUCAACUUUGAUACGUUCAUGGACUUGUACCAGUUUGACUCUCCGCCAGUCCCGAAUUUCCACUCCUUCUCCAAUUGGAAGGUUUGUUCAGCGAGAAUUGAGCUCACUUUUGCCCGUCCAUAGUGCAAUCGCUUCCUCUUGCCUUGUCUCCAAGCUCCCCAGUGAACUCAGCACCUCCGCCAAAGGUCUCUCUCUUUCUUUCUCUUGCAUGAGCAACUCUGAUGGUUUUUAUUCUUAAUCAAUAUGCAAUUGCAUGUUGAUAUUAUUUAUGAAUUCUUGACAUAGCGUUCAAUCUUUGAUGAUUGAGAAAAAUUAGUAGCGAACAGCCAAUUUAAAUUAUUAGACUAUCUUAACUAUGUGAAAUUAUGUUGAAUGCUAUUAAAAUUUGAAGGAAGAUUUCUUAUUUUUGAAUAUGAAUUCCUCCAUACCUAUCACUGUUAAGGAAUGCUCAAUAGGAUGUGAGGUUGUAAGUGGUCAACAUGAAAAAAAAAAUAUAUGGUAAUAGUAGUACUCAGGAAUUAGGAUUCUAAAUGUGGAUUAUGGAUGCUUGCUUAAUGAAGGCAUAGGAAUUUCCUGAGGUACUAGGAAAGGUACUUUAAUUCACAGGUGGAAAUGAAUUUUAAAAAAGUGAGUAUCAAUGCUUAUGAUCCAUAAUUUGCCCAGGUUUAUGUUCACACUGCAAUAAUUUAGUAAAACUGCUGAAUAGAAGAUGAUGAAAUAUAUGGCCUUUUAUAAUAGCUCCAAAAUUUAAAUCAUUGUUGGAUAAGGGAAUAAUGGAGUACAUGAACUGAUUGUAUAACUUGCAUGAAUGGAUUGCUUAGGAUGAUAAAUAUAAUUUUGAAAGAAAUAGUUGUGGAAUGGGUAAAUUUUGGGUGAAGCGGAAAAAGAACAAUGAAAAUGGGAAAACAUGAGAUCUAUUUCCUUUCUUUUUUGGGUAUCAAAUAAUGCAUCCAUAAUGCAAAAUGCUUAGGAAAGAAGCCAUUAAGAAGUCCUCUCUUUUUAUUAAGAAGUUCUCACAUUUGCUUCCACUCAUAAUGGUUGCCUUGGAAAGAAUAGAAUAAAGAAAGCAUAGUUGAGUUGACAAAAGUUAAAUAGUUAAAGAGCAGAAUUGUGAAAACAAUGCAUUGUUAUGAAUCAGGGAUCUGGAACAAGAAGAUUAUAGUCUAUAACAUAGAAAGAAAAAACUCCUAGUUGCUAACAAAUUAUUUAAAAUGCUGAUUAACUUCAAUAGGAAAAAGAAUACGAUCAUGAUUUGUCAGUUUUUUCUCCUAUAUAAAUUGCUACUUAUAUCCCUAGAAAGAGCCAGUCUAUGGAUUUUCCUAUCUUUGAAAUUUGGGCACCAACCAUUUGCAUUAAGGAAAUUACUAUUUUAAGAACAACUUUCUUAGUCCAUGAAUUAAUGGAGGCUUUAACGCUUCCUCUGGUUUCGGUGCAAGUACCAAAGUGCCAUAUACUUAGAAAGAUUAGUGACUUUCUGUUAUUAAGAGAUCAAGCAAUUUACCAAUUGUAUUUUAGAAAUUCAAAACAUUUUGAAACUGGUGAGAUUCUGUUUGCAUAAGUAGGGGAUUUAUUAGCUUUGAUUUGGCAUUACCCAUUAUACCAUAUAGUAAAAGAUCUAACAAGUGGAUUUAGCUCCGUUGAAAGAAUUGAAAUGAAUUAAAACUGGCUAUGGUUCAGAUAUGAAGUUGUCAGCUUACUGAGCUGGAUAGGAUGCAGUUUACUCUCAAUUUAAGUAGCAGAAACAAAUAUUUGUAUUUUCAUGUAAAACAAUGAUUGCAAAUAGCAGAAAAUAUAAAAAGCAUCAAGAUUAUCUUCUUUACAUGCCGAGUUCAAUUGCAUUUCCGUAUUCACUGAAGUAUAUAUCUAGAGACUUAUGCCUUGUUUCUGUUGAUGACAGGUAGAUUUGCUAAUUAUCUCAGUCCCAUCUAAUACUGAGUGUUUGCAAUGGUGAGGAGUUUUCUUUGUCAUAGUUGAAUGAUUAAACAGUGAACAUUUUUGUUUACCUGUCUUUAAUUAGUAGCCAGUCUGGAGUAAUCUCUCCUACUCUACUUUUUAGUGAAUUUGUUUUAGAUGGUGGUAGCAUAUCUUUUGUUUUUUGUCCUUUGAAUCUCUAAAGAGUUAAAUUGGUUUGAGAAGCUGGUAACAGUGCAGGGUGUGAUGCUAGUCAUUGUAUCUGAUUAAUGCAUUGAUGGAAUGAAAUAUAUCUUUCGGUAAUGUACUUUCGGGCGUAGAAUCUUCCCUAGUCUGCAUUUGUAUGAAGAGAGUCCAAAUUUGAAGAAUGUGAGAUUUGACUAUAAUAGUUUUGAGAAAUAGUAAGUGCUACUGUUCAUGUAAUAUUUUUAUUUUUCUAAAUAGUAAUUGGAAUUUUCCCUCCUUUUCAUUUUAGAUUGAUAGCAGAAGCUUUUGUGAUAGAAAAGCAAAAGGAGAUUGUCCACUUUCUGGAUCCACUUGAUACCAAGACAACGUGUGUUCCUUGUCAAUGUUCUUGAAUGAUAUGCAUACUUUUGUCCUUAUUCUUUCUUUUUUUUCUACUGGGACCAGGGAAUUUUUAUAUUAAUGGAAAGUGAAUCAAUCAUGCUGGUACGUUUUAGAA